CAGCAACAAGUGACUUUGGAGAAUUCGCCGAAGCAUGGCAUUUUCACUGCGACUUCCAACUUUCGGCUGAGACGCGACGCAACCUCUGCACAUGCGUUUAGAGUGAAGUGCCGCUGUGAACCUUAUCCGGGGAGAAGGAUUUUUUUUUUUCCAUUUGUUUGUUUUUCUAAAUCCUUGAUGGAGUCGUACAGAGUUGGUGGCAUUCCAGGAAGUGGCAUGCAGCAGGGCUACUUACAGCAUGACCGCACAGUCAGAGGCCAGAGCAACGGGACAGGAUCGUACGGGGUUAGCAUCCGCGUCCAGGGGAUUGAUGGUCACCCCUACGUCGUGCUUAACAACCGGGACAGGGAGUCUGGCCUGUACGGGGGUCCGGAGGACGACGGGUACGUCGACACGGACGGCUCCUUCAUCGACAACUACCAGGAGUACGACUUCAGAGGGAGCGGCAUUGAGCCGCGGUCCGAGAGCCCGUUUGUGGAGUACAGGUCUCAGAAGCAGAUGCAGUUCGGCAGCUCCCACAACGGUGUGGCGGAGCCCCAGAGGAAGGCGGCCCCCACCCCCCUGCUGAACUACCAGAGGCACCCGGAGCUUCUCAAGCCAUACGACCCCGAGAGCAAUGCCCUGAACCUGGAGAGCUUCCAUGGCCUCUACCCCCGCCCGGCCUCGUUCGCUGAGACAGGAACUCCAUACCAGUGCUCUCUGCCAAGGGCUUCCUCUCCACUCGUCUCCCAUGCCAGGUCUGCCAGCCUGGACAAACCCAGCGCCCCGGAACCCCCGGUGCGCCAGCCGCAGCCCCACCCCCAGAGCCCCACUGCGGCCAGCACCCCCAGCGAGCCGGCGGGGUUCACCUGCAGGUCCCCGAGCACCGUCAGCAGCAGCGCCAGCUCAAGCCUGGAGCGCAGUCGGCGUGAGCCCGACGUUCUUCCUCUGCGUCGCCACGACUCCAGCGGGCCUGUGCUGCAGUCCUCUACCUCCGCCCCCUCCGCCGCCCCCGCUGCCAGACCCGCCCCCGACGACAGCCAGCAGGAGACGCUGUACGCCGACACCAUCAACCGGCACCAGAACCGCCGCUACAUCCCCUUCCUGCCGGGAACGGGCCGUGACAUCGACACGGGGUCCAUCCCAGGUGUGGGCGAGCUCAUCAGCAAGUUCGACGGCAAAGACGGCCACCAGCGCAGGGGCAGGGCAGGGCGCAGGAACCGGAUUGACCCGGAGGACCGCAAACGGUCCCGCAGCGUGGACAGCGCCUUCCCCUCAGGCCUCAGAGAGGACGCAGACUCCCUGACCCAGUUCACCAAGAUCCACGGCCGCACCAUAGAGCACGUGGUCAGACCCUCCCAGCUCCGGCAGCAGAGAGGGGGUCUGGGGGGUCUGUUCCAGGAUCCCGGACCGAAAGAUGCCGCAUCCGGCCCCAUCUCUCCCGUCGGAGGGAGAUUUGGCAGCAAGGGCCCGUUGCAGUACAGUAGUGCCCCAGGUUCACCUCAGGGCACGGUCUCCAAAGGAACGACGUCUGUUCUGGGGUACAGGAGAUCUCUGAGCAGGUCCUCCACGCUGCCGUUGGAGAGGAAAGAAGAGGAGGAGGAGAAAUCGGUGCGAUCGGUCAAAGUUCUGACCAGUGGGACAACAGCAACUCUGUCCAAGUCUGCCGCCAGCAGUGCCGAAAAGCCCAACGCAGAAAGGGAUGCCCAGGCGACUCCCGAUCUUCUGAAAGGUCAGCAAGAGCUUUCACAACAAACAAACGAGGAGACGGCAAAACAGAUAUUAUUCAAUUACCUCAAGGAUGGGAGUGCUGAUAACGACGACACCACAAAGAAGAAGGUCAACCUGGUCUUUGAGAAGAUCCAGACCCUGAAGUCCAGGGCCGCUGGGAGCAUGCAGGGGGACAACAGACCCGCCUCCGAUGCUGCCACAGAGCUGAGGGCGCUGCGGGAACAGAGGGACGAGCUGCAGAAGGAGGCGGCCGAGCUGAAGACCCGGCUGGAGGAGGAAGAGCAGAAGCAGAAGAGCCUAACGGAGGCCGGUGAGAAGGCGGGAGCCGACAUGAAAGCCCUGCAGAGAGAACUGGACAGCAGCCGGGAGGAGUGUGCCCUGCUCCGGGAGAAACUGGCGAAGACGGAGGAGGAGCUGCGUGCCACACUGGAGGAGCUGUUCCAGGUGAAGCUGGAGAGGGAGCAGUGCCAGACGGAGAUCAGGGACCUGCAGGACCAGCUGUCCGAGAUGCACGACGAGCUGGACGGCGCCAGGAGAGCGGAGACGGAGAACGGAGAGGAGGCCAUACUGGAGGACAUGAUGCAGCUGAAGAUGGACUUCCAGGAGGUGCUGCUGGAGAAGGAGGAGCAGGAGGAGGUGCUAAGGAGGAGGGAGCGCGAGCUCACCGCCCUCAAGGGGGCCCUGAAGGAGGAAGUGGCCACUCACGACCAGGAAGUGGACAAGCUGAGGGAGCAGUACGAACAGGAAAUCCGCAAGCUGCAGUCGUCAGUGGAGGAGGCCAAACAGAGCAACGCCGCAGCAUGUCGAGAGAGGGCGGAGUCGGAGGUGGCGCGGGGUGCGGCUGAGGGCUGGGCGGGGCGCCUGACGCAGGAGGGAGAGCGCCUGCGCAGACGCGCACAGGAGCUGGAGAACGAGGUGGCCAAGCUCAAUCGCAUCAUCGACGAGGCCAAGCUGCAGGAGGGCCGGCUCACCGACAGGGUGGCCAGGCUGGAGAAAGAGAAGAGAGACCUGGAGGAGUCCUUAGCAGAAGUGAAAGAGCAGGAAGAGGAGAUGUCCAUUGCAAACAGAGCUUUAACCACACGCUUGGAGGAUGUGCAGAGGAACUUGACCAAACUGACUCACGACCAUAAGGAGCUGAACGAGAGGCUGAGAGAGGAGCGGAGCCAGAAGGAGCAGUUUAAGAAGACCAAGAAUGAGAUUGAGGAGGAGAGGAGGUUGCUGGACCGCACUGUGGAGAAGCUGCAGAAGGAGAUGACUGAGAUCGUGGAGGCGUCCGAGACCUCCACGCAGGAGCUGCAGCUGCAGAUCGACGAGUACAAGGAGAAGAACCGCAGGGAGCUGGCAGAGCUGCAGAGGCAGCUGAGGGACAAGGGCGUGGAGCUGGAGAAGGCCCGGCUGGCGGCCAAGAGGCUGCAGGAAGAGCUGUCCCAUCUGGAGGAUGACCUGAGGGAGUGUAAGAAGGAGCGGGAUGAGGCGCAGCAGAGGGGCAGGACUUUGGAGCAGAGGGUGUGUGCCCUGGAGGCAGAGCUGGAGACCAAAUCUCACGCCAGAGAUGACCGAGCCAAGCAGAUCAAACUCAUGGAGGACAGAAUCUCCCAGCUGGAGCUGGACCUGGAGGAGGAGCGGAGCAGUGGGGACCUGCUGAUGGACAGGGUCGACCGAGGCCGAGAGCAGCUGGAGCAGAUGAGGAAUGAACUCCUGCAGGAGAGAGCUGUCCGACAGGACCUGGAGUGUGACAGGAUUGCGCUGGAGAGACAGAAUAAGGACCUGAAGAGCAGGGUGGCCCACCUGGAGGGCUCCCAGAAGUCCAACAAGGAGGGCCUGGUGUCCCAGCUGGAGAUCCGCAUCCAGGAGCUGGAGGAGAGGCUGGAGAGCGAGGAGAGGGACCGUGCCAACCUGCAGCUGAUGAACCGUAAGCUGGAGAGGAAGGUGAAGGAGAUGGUGAUGCAGGUGGAUGACGAGAAACACUCUCUGCAGGACCAGAAGGACCAGUUGAACUUGAGGCUGAAGGCUCUGAAGAGGCAGAUGGAUGAGGCGGAGGAGGAGAUCGACCGGCUGGAGCACGGAAAGAAGAAGCUCCAGAGAGACCUGGAUGAGCAGCUGGAGGCCAACGAGCAGCUGCAGAGCCAGAUCAAAGCCCUGCGCAGCGAGAUGCGGCGCAAGAACACGUCUGCCACACUCCUGAACGAUCUGGAUGACGACGACGAUGACGAUGACACCAGCACUGAUGGAGACAUUUACUACAGCUCGACGCUGGGGUUCAAACGAUCCAGUCAGGACCCCAUCCCGUGAAGCCUCUCUUUGUGUGAUGGGACACCACACUCAGCUGAAGCGGGGUUCUCACUAACUCAAACGACUGGAAAAUGGACUGGACCAAGGCACCACUUGUCUUUUUGAUCUCUGGCUGGACCUGUGCAUUUGUCCCAAGUGUGUGCUAACAUAGAAUAAUGCCAAGUGCCUGAUUAUACUGUAACUAGACGUUUUCAUUGGAUUCCCUUUUUAGAAUAAGCCAAUCACUGCAAUAAGGCUGAUGAUUAAUCUUCAGGUUUAGUAUCCUAGAUACAGUUCAGAAAAUAGUCAUUUUUAAUUUCUGUACAUAAAAAAAAAUCAUGACUGCCUCUGGUUUCCUCCAGGUAGUGCUGUAUUGGCUGGAAAUCAAAGCACAAGGCCUUAUCCAUUCACAGUGAAAUAUUUAUUGGCUGGUGAAAAUAUGAAGGAAAUUCAAAAUGAAGGUGCAUGAAGGGAAACAAGAGACAUGAGGGAUUGACCAUUUUACUUAUUUUAAUUGAUUCUGUUGUAUUCAAAAUAUAGUAACAUGCAAUUACUGACUCAGUUUAAUGCCUCAAUACAAAGCAUUUAUAAUGUAGUCUUUUUAUAU